GGCAGCCGCUGGGCGGUGGCACGCUGAGCUGUGGCACGCUGGGCCGCCCGGGCGCCCCUUCUGCCAGCGUGGGCUGCCUGUGCCAGCAGCCCGCCUCCCUCCCGUCCCCCGCCCCGGUCCGCCCUGCCCUGCGGAUGUGGAGCCGGCAGCUGGCGCAAGCUCUCACAAGAUGGCAGAAAGCUGGUCUUUUUUGGAUACUUCUGAGCCUAACUUCAAGCCUCUUGUAGUAAUUGAGCUUGCAAAAGGCACCAAAAAGGAAACCGUGGAAUGGUUCACUAAACGAAUUGUGGACAAAAAAGCAAAUGGAGGUGCACAACUGCUGGUUAAACCAUUGGCCACAGAAGAUGGAGACGAAACUAUUUAUCUAGUUGGAGCUUCUCACUUAAGGCUGUUGCUGGGAGCUGAAACUGUGGGUUUGGUGAAGGAGUGCAAUGAUAACUCAAUGAGGACUUUUACCUAUAGCAGCAGAAAAACUUUCAAAGAUUUUGCAGAUGACAAUCACAAUUUCCUGACAAUGGCAGAAUGUCAGUAUAUCAUCAAACAUGAACUCGAAAAUUUGAGAGCUAAAGAUGAAAAAAUGAUCCCUGGAUAUCCUCAGGCAAAGCUGUAUCCAGGAAAAUCUAUUGUGAGAAGAUUAUUGACCAGUGGUAUUCUAGUUCAGAUUUUCCCACUGCAUGACAGAGAAGAGUUGAAAAAGCUCCGUUAUACCUGGUAUGGCCGAGUGAAAGUUGGCUAUCAACCUUUAGAUGAGAUACGCUGCUACUUUGGUGAAACCAUUGCGCUUUACUUUGGCUUCUUAGAGUACUUCACCUUUGCUUUGAUUCCAAUGGCUGUCAUUGGGAUUCCUUAUUAUGUGUUUGCAUGGGAAGAUUAUGACAAAUACGUGAUGUUUGCCACGUUCAAUCUGCUCUGGUCCACUGCGAUAUUGGAAGUUUGGAAGCGGAUCUGCGCCAUCAUGACAUACCAUUGGGGAACACUGUUGAUGAAACGACAGUUUGAAGAGCCAAGACCAGGUUUCCAUGGUGUCCUGGGUAUCAAUCCUGUCACUGGGAGGGAAGAACCAGUGUACUCAAGUAUUAAGAGACAGUUACGGAUUUAUCUGGUGUCUUUACCAUUUGUGUGCCUUUGCCUCUACUUCUCACUGUAUGUGAUGAUGAUUUACUUUGACUUGGAACAGUGGGCUCUGGAUUAUCACGAAGAGAAUGGAUCUAACUUCAGCAACUUGAUGCUCUUUGUGCCCAGUAUCAUAUAUGCUGUCGUGAUUGAAAUUAUGAACCGUAUCUAUCGGUAUGCAGCUGAAUUCUUAACAUCGUGGGAAAAUCACAGGCUGGAAUCUUCUUAUCAAAAUCAUUUAAUUCUAAAGGUUUUAGUGUUCAACUUCUUAAAUUGCUUUGCAUCUCUCUUCUACAUUGCCUUUGUACUGUUUGAUAUGAAGCUUUUGAGGCAGAGCUUGGCCACUUUGCUGAUAACUUCGCAGAUCCUUAAUCAAUUUGCAGAAUCCUUGCUUCCUUACUGGCUCCAGAAGAGACAUAAGAAGAGGAUGAAGAAACGCAUGGGUUCUCUGAAAACAGACACAGACCUGUCAUUAGUUGAACAAGUCAACCUGGAGAAAGAAAUGGGCACCUAUUUAGGUACUUUUGAUGAUUACCUGGAGUUGUUCUUACAGUUUGGCUAUGUGAGUCUUUUCUCAUGUGUUUAUCCACUGGCAGCUGUCUUUGCAGUAUUAAAUAACAUCACAGAGAUAUAUUCUGAUGCCUUAAAGAUGUGUAGAGUUUACAAGCGUCCAUUUGCAGAACCCACAGCAAAUAUUGGUGUUUGGCAGCUGGCUUUUGAAACUAUGAGUGUAAUAUCAGUUGUAACUAAUUGUAUACUGAUUGGAAUGUCUCCACAAGUGAAUGCGCUUUUCCCAGACUCAAAAAUGGACCUCGUUCUCACUGUGGCAUUGGUAGAGCACUUGCUACUAGCAAUAAAGUUUAUCAUGGCGUUUGUUAUUCCGGAUAAACCAAGGGACAUCCAGAUAAAACUAGCAAAAUUGGAAUUUGAAUCUCUAGAGGCUCUCAAACAACAGCAAAUGAAGCUUGCCUCUGAGUCACUGAAGGAGUAAACAUGAAGGAACAAGGAUGACUAAAGCAGUCACAUGUGAAUGCGAGCACUCCUCAAGUAUUAAUGAUGAUGUGUAGCUCUCAGAUUGUGCACUCUACCAUCUAUUCAGUAGGUGGCACCUGCUUAUAUGAUACUGCCAGACACCAUAAAAAAAGGUAUUUUCUCCUGCACCCUUUGUUUCUUAUAUGCAACUCUCUGUGAAGUUAACACCUAAUAAAGUACUCCAGCUUAUGCUAGGUCAGGUUGAAAUCUGCCAGACUCGCUGUGCUUGAAGUGAUUGAAAACAGAUCCUGUGAGCGGGCCUCCAGAAGCUAACUGGAGUUUUCAAAUGCAACUGUAUAAGAAAAGAAAAAGAGGUUAGACUGGUAUUUAAUUCACAGUGUACCAUUCCUUUGGGUUCCACCCCCCCCCCCUUUUGUGCCUUUAUUACAAUAGCUGAUCAGUCCUGCAAGUCUUGCUUGUUAGCUCCUCUUUGUACGUAGCAAAUGAGUUCAAAUACUUUAUAGAUUGUGUAAUGAAAUACAUGAUCUGAGAAACAGUUGAACAUUAAGUGUUAUAAAGGUAUGCAUUGUAUACUCCUGUAUGCUACUUAUCUAAAUAGGCCCCAGCUAAAAGCUUUUCAAAAGCUGGUAAAAAGCAGUCAGAAGGCAACAGUUUGCUGGUCAGUAAUUUAUGAAGCAUAUUUAUUUACAGUAGAUUUUUUGUUAUCACUUCCCUGGCUCUUGCACUGCAGUAUUGUAUGAGCAGACCUUGUGGUUAAAUGAACUGACUGUAACAGACCAAUUAAACUUGAUCCUUGAUAUACCAGUACUUGUGAAUUCAGUUUUCUUGG